AUGAUUUGGAACUAUACGAACAUCCACCUGCCACAAUACCCGUGCGUGCAAGAACAGUGGCUGCGCCAGGUCUUCUCGCGUGUGUUUGCCGUCCACGGAGGAGACACAGAUGCCGCCCUGACUUUGGGAAUACCCCCUGAGUCUGGCCUGUCCCACUUCGACUACUUCGUUGCCUUCGUUUCGCUCGCCAUUUCAUCCAUCACACUGACCUGGAAGAACGAGACCCAAGCCCGAACGGCCUCUGACGCCUUUUUUGCCAUCUCACUGCAGCACCUCCGGCUCGUCCUUGGGGCCACCGAAGUCCAAAAGCUUCAAAUCUCACUUCUCCUUGCUCACUAUGCCCACAUGAGUCCAGGGAAGGUCGAUAAUUGGGCCUGCAUCUCGAAUGGUGUCAGACUGGCCCUCGAACUCGGCCUUCACAAGCGGUCUCCAGACUUGGCCUCACACGGUCAGCUCUUCUGGGUUCUUUACGGCAUGGAGAGGUCGCUUUGCACUCUGCUCAGGCUGCCUCUCACCUUCCCUGAGGAGUGUGUCACUGCUUCUCUACAUAUCCCAAAUUUUAAUGCCAUCAACAACGAUGACACCAAAAGGCAGUCGUCCGCGACUCACCUCUACCGCCUACGAGCGAUGGAAACGGAGAUAUACCGCGUCUUGUACCUCCAGGACCCCAAAGCUCUGGUCGAGCAUGCAGACCUCGAUGUUUGGAUCAGGAGUAUCACAAACCGUCUAGACGAGUGGCUCGAGACGGCAGAGGGCUUCUCGAAGUACCAGAUGUUCGAGUUCAGGAUGGUCCAGCACUCGUCUGUCAAGUCCCGCGUCUACCGCCCCACGCCGCGCCUGGAGGUCAGGACGCCUGAAGACCGCCGCACCUGCUUCGCUGCCUGCUCAGCGCUGGUGGAUGACUAUCAGCAGCAGACGAGGCGCCGGCGUCUGUUCUAUCCCUGGCACGCCGUACACAUCCUCUACGAGGCAGCAAUCGUGAUGCUGGAGGCUUGUUGGGCCUUACGAGACUACGUACCAGCCAGGCAAGAAGCCCGACAGAUCCUCGCGGUCACCAUACCGGACUGCUUGGUGCUCCUGACCAAGGUCGGAGAGUCGUGGGAUGACGCUGCCCUCUGCUCGAAAUAUCUCAUGCCGAUAGUGGAUGAGGUUACCGUUGCGUUCAGGGUCAGGAUCAUGGCCGGCAUUGUGUCUCCGCACAAGGUCUCGGAGGCCGAGACGACAGAGAAGCUGCGGAAGCUCCUCUUUCCUGAGGGUCCUCCGUCUUGGAGUGCAGCGGAGUCAUCGGAGUCGCUGGCGGCCGAGCCUGAGGUACCUGCUCCCUUGCUGGAUAGCAGUGCUCUCGGUGGGCUUGAGGAGUUUAACUGGGAUGCGGAUUGGAAUUUCCUGCAGGACGUGUCACCUGUGUUUACGAAGGAUACUCCGUGGGCAUCGACUUAG